AUGCCACAUUCGACCGAGGCAUCGACGCCGGCGGUGACAAUCACUACACUUGACGAGAAAUUGAGCCAUGCCGAUGCAGAAACGCCAGCGCGCUUCCUUCGAGACCAUGGCAUCACCUCCGACACCCUCCCUUACUGGCUGGUGAACCUGCCCCGGUCGCACUGGACCGCCGAAUGCCCUUCCUUUCUACGAGACCAGCCGGAGAAGAACAUCCGAUGCCUGGCAACCCCAGACAGCAACUACCAACGACAGAACUGGGGGCAGGUGCAGGAGAUCAUUAGAACGAACCGGAUCGAUCGAUUCCAGCGCGUCCCAAGCGACCUGCGCAAGUAUCUAGAAUAUACGGCGCGGAUUAAAGCCGAGUAUGGAUCGGUGAUGCGGUUUGUGGUUAAGGAGCGGUUGCGCUGGGGCGAUGGGAACCCCGAGGACCUGCACCCACGGGGAGGCCCGUUUGAGUUCGCCGAGGACAUUCGGAUCCUAUACAAUGACUGGCCGUAUGGCAUCGACACAGACAUUAUCCACCUGGUCGUCUGGACCAAGUUUGAGCUCCCGGAUGAUCCCGCCACCGACGAUCUGACAGGCGAAGCACGCGAGGCGAUCCAGCGAUUUGUGCAGGCGACGUUCUGCGCGCGGGUGGCGCCUGAGCAGGUCGUCUGGUUCAAGAACUGGAAGUCGCUCAAGUCGGUCCACGCGGUCGAGCACUUCCACGUCAUGCUCCACCGGCCUGAUCUGACCUUCGUGCGGGAGAUCACCCACGGAGACGUGCCGCUGAUCGAGCGGGUGUGA